UGUUGAAUUAACUGGGAUCAAAGAGCAGAUAUUUUAUCAGUGUCUAAGAGAUAAAUGCAAAUGAAGAGAUAAAGAUGAUAAUGGGUAUUGUGUAUGUCGAACCAGGUUGUAAUCUCAGUCUGAAGAACAUUCCAGUCAGUUUCCUUGUUCCAUGAGGUGAGUCAAGCAAACAAGACUCACCUGUACAGCGCUGAAAUAUAUAGAUAUUUUCUAAUAAGAACAAGUCACAGGUGAGAUUUAACAUGUUGAUACUGCAAUUUAAAUAUUGAGACUUGAUGACCUACACAAACCUACUUAGAUAUAUUAACACAUUUUAAUAUAUCUGUUUUUAACAGGAUGUUACGGGUGGUACUACUCCUUUUGGCUGUGGCUGGUCACCAUGCAAGACCACUGAACGACACCCAUCGAUUCCGAAAUAGUGGAGGGAUGAUAAAGGGGCCACACAUUGUCCAAGAUGAAGUCAAGGAUAACUCAGUCCAUCCGAAGGGUGCAGAACCUACAAAUCAUUUACAGAUAGAUUUGAACAUUGGCAUGAAACUCAAAGAAAACCAAAAAUCAGUUCCUGUUGAGAUGCGUAGGCAGGGAACAGAACCCUCUCGACGUAUCCUGAUGGACAUGAACACUGGCAUGCUGAAGGAGGAAGUCGGUGAAAUGAACAGGAGAGUUGCUGGAUGUAUGUCUGCAAAGUCAUUCACUUUAGUGGUUACAAUUCACAGUUGAUUUUGGCUGAAUUUCAUUUAUUUUCUCUUCUUCACAGUCUACAAUCCUCCAGCGUAUGAGAUGAGAAAGGGAACACAGAAUUCUCACACCAUGCGGGUGGACCCCAUAACUGGACAGAGGCUGUAUCCUUUAACUGAGAUGCAGAGGAGCACAGCACCAUGUGAGUCUUUCAACUAUUGGUCAGCGGUCAUGUUUUCAGGUUUGAAUGUUGAUUACACAUUUUCUCCAUUACCUGAACUUCCUUUCUGUGGUGUUUCCUCUACAGUGGAUGAGUUCAGACAAGGCACUGAGUACAGACCUCACAUCCUGAAGCUGCUGAGAAUGCGAGACAUUUUGAGAUCUCAGUACAGCGCUGUUGGUGAGAAACAGGAGCAGAGAGUCAUUCCUGCUGAGCUCCUGAUGGACCUGAACACUGGUCUACUCAAAGAACACAGAAACCACAUGGACAGCAGAGUACCAGGCUCUGCUAAAUGGGAAGUUGUUUCUGGUCCUGAGCAUGAGGAAAUGAAAAACCAGGACGUUUCUGGACUGAAGGAGAACCAAAAAUCAGUUCCUGUUGAGAUGCGUAGGCAGGGAACAGAACCCUCUCGACGUAUCCUGAUGGACAUGAACACUGGCAUGCUGAAGGAGGAAGUCGGUGAAAUGAACAGGAGAGUUGCUGGAUGUAUGUCUGCAAAGUCAUUCACUUUAGUGGUUACAAUUCACAGUUGAUUUUGGCUGAAUUUCAUUUCUAUUCUCUUCUUCACAGUCUACAAUCCUCCAGCGUAUGAGAUGAGAAAGGGAACACAGAAUUCUCACACCAUGCGGGUGGACCCCAUAACUGGACAGAGGCUGUAUCCUUUAACUGAGAUGCAGAGGAGCACAGCACCAUUGGAUGAGUUCAGACAAGGCACUGAGUACAGACCUCACAUCCUGAAGCUGCUGAGAAUGCGAGACAUUUUGAGAUCUCAGUACAGCGCUGUUGGUGAGAAACAGGAGCAGAGAGUCAUUCCUGCUGAGCUCCUGAUGGACCUGAACACUGGUCUACUCAAAGAACACAGAAACCACAUGGACAGCAGAGUACCAGGCUCUAAAUGGGAAGUUGUUUCUGAUCCGGAGCAUGAGGAAAUGAAAAACCAGGACUUUUCUGGACCGAAGGAGAUCCAAAAAUCAGUUUCUGUUGAGAUGCGUAGGCAGGGAACAGAACCCUCUCGACGUAUCCUGAUGGACAUGAACACUGGCAUGCUGAAGGAGGAAGUCGGUGAAAUGAACAGGAGAGUUGCUGGAUUCUACAAUCCUCCAGCGUAUGAGAUGAGAAAGGGAACACAGAAUUCUCACACCAUGCGGGUGGACCCCAUAACUGGACAGAGGCUGUAUCCUUUAACUGAGAUGCAGAGGAGCACAGCACCAUUGGAUGAGUUCAGACAAGGCACUGAGUACAGACCUCACAUCCUGAAGCUGCUGAGAAUGCGAGACAUUUUGAGAUCUCAGUACAGCGCUGUUGGUGAGAAACAGGAGCAGAGAGUCAUUCCUGCUGAGCUGCACAGACAAGGACAGGUCCAAGCUUCCUGUCAGGGUGAAGUGAUCCAAGGAAAGUGCUACAGUUUCAAUUCAUCUCCACAAACAUUCAAGGAAGCUGAGGUGUCCUGUCAAAAAUGGUCUCCCAGAGGACACCUGGCCUCAGUGGCGAGUGCAGAAGUGCAUAAACAGCUCAUCUCGAUGGUAACCAAAGCAAAGGACGUUCCAGUUCUGACAUGGCUUGGAGGGACCCAAAAGGAAAACAAGUUCCAGUGGAUAGACGGUUCCUCUUGGACAUACAGCGACUGGAUGCCCGGUCACCCACACAAACACAAUCUGUCGUGUCUUGAGAUGUUUAGAAUGGCUAUUGUUAAGUUGUGUAACGCCUCAUACGAUUGA